AAAUAAAUGUGAAGACCAUACCAUACCACACGACUUGUGGUCCUAAUACAUUCUCUCGCACUAUUCACACUUGUGAUGUUUUACUAUUUCUAUAUAAGAAUUAUUAUAUGCUCUUGUUCUCUUCCUCAUAUCUGAAUAGUACUACGUUUGAGUUUUCUUCACAUUUUUAACCUUUGUUUCUAGAUCUCUCUGGCCUUUUUUUUUCCUCGAAGCCAUGGAAACAAGGUCAGAGGGAAAAAGAACAUGGAGGCACAAAGAGGUGGUGAACAAUCAUGAAGAGCUGGAACAUGAAGAUGAAGAUGAAAUGGAUUUUGAAGAGGAGGAGGAAGGUAGAAAGAAGAGGGUAGUAACUGUAACAGAUCUGUAUAGUAGACCAAGGUCCAAAGCUGGAGGGUCGAAUACUACACCAUGUUGUCAAGUGGAGAAUUGUGAUGCUGAUCUAAGUGAAGCUAAACAGUAUCAUCGGAGACAUAAGGUAUGUGAGUAUCAUGCUAAGGCACCUGCCGUACACAUUGCAGAGAUGCAGCAAAGGUUUUGUCAGCAAUGUAGCAGAUUCCAUGAGCUAUCUGAAUUUGAUGGCACAAAAAGGAGUUGUAGAAGACGUCUGGCGGGGCAUAAUGAAAGACGUCGCAAAAAUGCAAGUGACUUUCAAGGAGAAUGAUUUCAUCAUUAGAUGGACAUUAAUAAGGAACAGAGGCACAAACAUAUGAUUCAAAUAAGAAAAUCCCAUUCAAACAAUAUAUGUUGCUGGUCUCUAAGGAUAGAUAUGCUCUCUAUCUUCUGUCAAUCUUUUCUCUAUUUGUUGCUACUUACAUCUAUAUCAUGUGAUAUUUUCACUUUGACUCGUCAUUAAGCAUGUGAGUUUUGUCCCAGAACAUU